AAAUGUAGCCAUGCGGAACUGAAAGAGUUAAAUCUGAACAGGAAGCGGGCAGCGUAGGGGGCGUGGCCUGGGACGAAACUAACUUAAAGACGCUACUUAAGCUACGUUAUCUUUAAACCUUGCGCGUUUGCCGUUGAAGUUGUCUCAGCCUUUCAGUAAUGGCGAUGUCCUGCAGCCUGCUGUCGGAGGACACGUUCCUUUGUUCGGUGUGUCUGGAUGUGUUCACCAAACCUGUGUCAACGCCAUGUGGUCACAACUUCUGCCGCCGCUGCAUCCGCACGUACUGGGACAGCACUGUCGUCUGGCGGUGUCCUUUGUGCAAGAGGAGCUUUCCCACGAAACCUGACCUCCAGGUGAACACAGUCCUGUCUGAGUUAGCUGCUGAGUUUAAGAGGUCCAAUCAGGCCAAAGCAUCAGCUUCAAGAACAGAUGUUCCUGCCUCAGCGGAUGUUCCCUGUGAUGUGUGUUCUCAGGUGAAAGACAAGGCUGUUAAAUCUUGCUUGAUGUGUCUGACGUCUUUUUGUAAAACACACCUUGAGCCUCAUGAGAGAAUCGCUGGCCUCCAUGGCCACAGACUAAUCAACCCUGUGAAGGAUCUUGAUCAGAAGAUGUGCCGCAUGCACCACAAGUUAACUGAGCUGUACUGCAGGACGGACCAAUCCUGUAUUUGUGUGUUGUGCUUAAAAGACGACCACAAGCUUCACAAUGUGGUGACAAUAGAAGAACAGUAUGAAUCAGCGGUGGAAGAAAAAAGCAAUGCAAUGGUAAAUAUUCAGAAGAUCAUACAGUCUCGGUCAGAUAAGAUUGCCGAGAUCGAAAAGGCACUCGAUGCCGGCAAGAACGAAGCGGAGAAAGAGAAGGAAGCCACCAUGCAGGUGUUCACCAACUUCAUGCGGUUUGUUGAGAGGAGACAGAACGAGCUUGUGGAGGUCAUUGAGGGACGAUACAGCGCAUCAAAGGAGAAGGGUGAAGGGUUUCUCCAAGAACUGAGGACGGAGGUGGCUGAGCUUGAAAGCAGGAGCAGCCACCUAGAGCAGCUGUCUGAUGAUCAUCAUCAUUUUCUCCAGAACCUCCAGGCCCUGUCCUGUUUGUCAGAGAAAGACUGGACCGACGCUGUUGUUGACAGUGACCUGUGCUUAAGUCCAGUGAGGGAGGCUGUGACUGCACUUCAUGAGCGCGUGGACUACAUAAUGGAAAAGGUUCCUGAGCUGAGCUGGAGAAGAAUGAGGGAGCAUGCUGUGGACUUGACCUUUGACCCAGAUACAACACAGGGCACACUUGUCAUUAGUGAGGAUGGAAAACAAGUGACAUGUUUAGAUGUUGUAAAUAAUCCUGUUGACAAAUAUUGCUCGGUUUUGACAAAGGAGGGAUUUACGUCAGGGAAGUUUUAUUACGAGGUGAAAGUGACAGGAAGGGAUGAGUGGCGUGUUGGUGUGGCCAUAGAAUCCAGUGGCAGAAAAAAUAACACCAAGGUUCUAGCAAAAAACGGCUUUUGGAUGAUCGGGACAAGGAAUGGGAUGUGUGUCGCAAGUACAACACCAGUUGCUAAAGUCUCAAAGGGGGGCAACCUUGGGAAAGUGGGCAUCUUUGUGGAAAUUGACAAGGAGCGGGUUUCAUUUUAUGAUGUGGAUUCUAAGUCGCACAUAUUUUCCUUUAAUAUGUGUUCCUUUCGUAUGUUUACUGAGGGACUUUAUCCAAGCUUUCAUCUUAAACCCUCCAGAGGAAAUAUCCCUGUUAUCAUAACACCUGUACCACAAGAGUGAAUGACUGGUUCUGCUCUACAUGUGAACUAGACUUGCUAACUAUUGUAUUACAAGGUUUUUAAUUCUAAUUUAGAGAAUUUGAUGAGUCGCUAGGUACUAUUAUUAUUUUUUCACUAAAGAUGAUUUAAUAAAGUGUGAAUUAAUUCA